CGCCGCGCCCGGUGCAGGCUGCUCUUCACCUCGCGCACCACCUGCUGCGGCCCGGCGGCACACGCGACGCAGGAGCGAGGAGCAGGACAAAUUUCCCGGCUUUCUGUUAGAUCCCAGCUCAAACGAUAGGGAAAACGCGAGGGACUCGCCAGCGUCUGUUACGCGUUGUUUGUUCGUGGUGAGGGCUCGACCGAUCGAUCACGUUAUUAUGUGUGUGUAUAUAUAGAUCGAUAGAUCCGGCCUCACGGAUGCCCCACACCGAGAUUCAUCCAAUCCGCCGCCGCCGCCGCCGCCGAAACAUGGAAGCGAUCCUGAUGGCCGACGACGAAGACUGGGUUUACGUCCUCUCACCUGAGGAGAGGGUGGAGGCUGUUGCUGUCGCCGUUGAGGAGACGGUGGACGAGGAAGUGGAGGCUGUUGCUGUCGCCAUUGAGGAGACGGUGGACGAGGAUGUGGAGGAUGUUGCUGUCGCCGUUGAGGAGACAGUGGACGAGGAUAUGGAGGAUGUUGCCGUUGAGGAGACGGUGGAGGAGGACGCGGAAGCUGUUGCCGUUGCCGACGCCGUCACCGUGACCGUCACCGCCGCCAUUGCAGGAGAGGACAAUCCACAGGACGCCGCCGCCGCCGAGGAGCAGGAGGAGAGCGACGAGGAGGAGGAGGAAGCGAAGGUCGGAGCGCAGCCAGCGGCGGAAGAGCUCCUGCCCAACAUCGACGAGCAAGGAGAAGACGAGGAGCCGGCGGCUGCCCUCGACGACGUCUUGCCGUAUCUUCUGUACCACUACUUCGGCUACCGCGGCGCGUACGGCCCCGCUACACGAUCUGGGUACGGCUACUACUACUACGGCGGCGAGGCUACAGGAUCUGGUUACGGCUACAGCGAGACGUACCGGUACCUGCCGGGAUACGAGACGAUGGUGGUGUACCAGGCGCCGCCACAUGCCUUCAGCGCCAGCUUCUUGUACCCGUACGGGUACCCGGGCCCCGCGUACGUGCCGUCGGUCCGUCGCCGUCGAGCCGUCCUCGCACGCCGUGGCUCCUACGCAGCCGGAGCCCGGAUCUUGGCAUUAGUCAUGAUUUAAAUUCAGUUUUUUUUAGAGUAGUAGUAGUAGUAUACAACAGAUAAGACUUUGCUAGGGUCGAUUUGAUGGAUCGAAUUUAAGUGUCGUUAUUGUUUCGUGUGCAAACUGCGGUUAAUACAAAUAGAUCGUGAGUUUUCACCA